UUAUACGAGUUCUCCGACAUGUAGAUCCAUGCCACGAAUGAGUGGCCGGCGUCGGUCAGGACGAGACGACGAGAAGUCAAGCCACCGGCAGUGGAGCAGAAUGAUGUGGUGGUGGUGCAUCCCUCUACUGGUCUGUGUGAGGACUGUCAGCAGGUUGAACAGCCGGUUGUUGUUAACAAGCCUGACACACACACAAUACACACACACACUCGUGUGUCCUGGCAGUGCCCACACACAUUGAUGCCCCGCUUGACCUGUUGAUAGCACGGAAAGUGCCGUUGGUUUGGUGAGUCCUCUCGAAGUGGCUGAGGAUGGCCCUCUUGAUAGACGACGACACAGAUGAGUAGUCCCAAGCGCCCAGCGACACCCAGCCCGUAGGCGGGAGGUAUCCGAUCCUGCUGCGCACGGGCGGGUCAUCUGACUGUCGGUGCUGCUGGUAGGGGUGGUUGGCCAGGAGAGGCGGGUCGAUGGUCAGCUCGAAGCCGUCCUGAUCCUUGAUGGCUCGCAGUGUGUCGCUGUGUUGGAACAGCUGGAAGGUCACGCCGUUGCCGAAGUCGAUGUGAGGGCCGACCAUCUUGAGCUGAGCCAACACACGGGGAGCGACCGAAUACGCCUGCACACACAACACAUCAACACACCACACACCGAUUGAGAGCCAUCCUCCCUCCCUCCGUCCCUCGGUUGGCUUACCGUCUUGUUUGGGUAUUGGUGCAGAUCGCCCGCAGUGAGCCUCACAGGCAGCUGACAGUUGCCGCACUGCCCCGCCAGCUCGACCGCCUCGCUCAUCUCACUCCAGCCGCCCGCCUCCGUCACACAUAGCGCUGCCAGCAGGUCACCCUUGCCCAUCUGCUGGUCGUCGAAUGUCAGCAGCUGCUGUCCGUUGGCCGUCCGCCGCAGCCCCGCCUGUGCGCUGAGCUCAUCGUCUGUUGUCCAGUGGGUGAGCCGCUGCCGCAGCUGAGGCGCUUCGAAGAGGCCUCUCGCCCAGCUGCAGGUUUCCCUCAGACACAGCACAUUCCGCAGCGGAAAAUCGCUGCCGCGGUGGGCGAGGACGUACCACACGGGGUACUGCUGCUGCUGCUGCUGCUGCUGCUGCUGGGAGUGCUGCAUAGGGGCCGCCAGAUCUGCCGACAGUGAGGUGGCACCUCUUUGUUGCUGCUGUGACUCUACCGCAGCACCACCCGCAGCAAUCGAGCCACCUGAAGGCACCACAACACACAGCACAGGAGGGUCAUGACGAUGUGCAGUCCACCAACAGCAGCCGAUGCUUUCCGUACCUCCGCUGUGCCCACCAGCAGCAGCAGUAGGGCUGAUGUCUAUGCGUCUACGCUUCUUGGCGCCGCCGUCAUCAUCAGGCACCUGACCAGCGACACACACCAAUGAGUUUGUGUGUCUGUGUGGGUGUGGACUUGUGCGUACCGCUCUGCCCUGCUGUGCAUUGUUGUCGGUCUCGUUCGGUCCCACAGCACCGCCCGCCCCCCACUGACGAGCUCCGCUGUCAGCAGCCAUGCGCUGGGACGGAGACACACAAUAAAGGGAGUGGCCGGCCUGUGUGUGCCACUCAGUCAUUGGCCAUUCAAUCCAUUCUCACAUGUGUGUUGCAGUCAGUGGUGAUCUGCGCCAGCUGCCUGCCGAGGGCCGAGUGGGUAUCGCUGAGAGUCUCCAGAACGGUCGACAGGCUGCCGUCCACCAUCUCAUCAUCCUGCAAGAAAGGCAGAAGGACGGGCUGACCAGUGAGUGCAGCAGCUCGGCCGUGCGGUCUCUGUGACGACCUGUUUGUUGUCGGUAUGUGUGGCUAUCAUCUGCUCGGCCAGAUCAACAAACGACAGAAACUUAGAGGCAUCCUGAAAGCCAGAAGCAGCGCAGCAAUGUCAGUGUGGAGCCCUCCCCUUCUCCCUCCCCAUCUCACCGAGCGCAUCGCUCGGAUCUUCUGCAGAAGGUCACCACCGCUACCACCGCCACUCCCACCUGUGUGUCACAUUCCCGUCAGGCAAUGAAUGACACACAAACGGGUCGCCACUUCCAUCAGUCAAUUGUGUGGUUACACUGCAUGUGCUGUCCAUCCAUUCACCGCUGACCUCUGGCGGACGGCGCCGGGCCGUCACCGUCAUUGUCGGUGUCCAUCGGGAGAACACGCUCACCCAUCUGCACCCACCGAAGAGCCAACAACACACACAAGGAAAUGCGAUGAGCGCACCAACAGUAGGGACAACGUUAACUCAAAGCGCAACGGCAGGCAGAGUCUGUCGGUCUCUCAUGAAAAUUCUCAUGAAAUGAACUGCCGUCGAUGGGGUGUGGGGGAGGGAGGCGGAGCACUUCUUCACCCGCUUGACUGAGCAGCUGUUGACGAGGCAGGGGUGGUCAGAUAGGGGGCGAGGGCGGGUGCAUGGGUGGCUGCG